AAACAUAAAAUCACUUUUAAAAAUACCUAAACCUAAAGCCUACUCCAAAAUCAUACCCCAACUCUGCGAUCAGUACAAUUGUUGUCUCUGACCGACAUGUCUUUCCUCACUCUCUUUCUUCCGCUCCUCCUCCUCCUCCUCCUUCCUCCCACGGCCAUCUCUUCCCUCCACGACCUCCUCCAAAGCCAAGGCCUCCCACCUGGUCUUUUCCCAGAAAACGUCAAAACAUACAGUCUUGACCAAACUGGUCUUCUGGAGGUGCACCUGGAGCAGCCAUGCUUGGCCAAGUUCGAUACCAGAGUGUUCUUUGAAAGCGUAGUUCGGGCUAACCUCAGCUUUGGUGGGCUUAAAGGGUUGGAGGGCUUGUCUCAGGAAGAACUCUUUCUUUGGCUUCCGGUUAAGGAUAUCAUUGUUAACGAUCCAUCUUCAGGGCUCAUUUUGUUUGAUAUUGGUGUUGCUCAUAAGCAGCUCUCCCUUUCUCUCUUUGAAAAACCUCCAGUUUGUAAACCUCAAGACCUGGCAUUGCAGAGGGAUGAGAAGAACAAGAUGGGAUUUCAAGCUCAGAGAUGAAAGAUGAGUCUUUCAUUUGAGAGAUGGUGUCCUCUUUCUUUUUGUUUGUUUGUUUUUUGUUUUUUUUUCUCGGGAAAGAAAAUUUGGAGUAAAUUUCAUACAUGAAGUUAGGCUGUAAAAACUGAGAAUUGAGUGUAAGAUUUUGGAAUCAAAAGGCAGAAUUUUCGGAA